AUGUCGACCCAUGAGAAAGUCUUCAGCGAGGAUGUCCAAGAGGACACCGUGCUGGAGAACCUGGGCUACCAGCAGGAGCUCAAGCGAUCCUUUGGCCUUUUGGGGAUGAUAGGAUUCAGUUUUAGCAUCGUCACAAGCUGGACAGCUCUUGGUGGUGUUUUGAUCGUUGGGGUGGAGUCCGGUGGUCCUCCGGUAAUGAUAUACUCAUGGAUAGGUAUCAGCGUCUUCGCCCUGGCAGUCGCGUACUCGAUGGCAGAAAUGUGCUCAGCAUAUCCUCUUGCUGGUGGGCAAUAUUCAUGGGUCGCCGUGCUAGCACCUCCAAAGAUAGCGAGAGGCAUGUCUUGGGCUACCGGGUGGCUAAUGAUCACUGGUAUUCUCGCCAUGGGAGCAACAAACAACUUCAUUGGUGCGAACUUUAUACUGGGCCAAGCCAACCUCUCGUUCCCCAGUUACACCAUCGAACGCUGGCACACAGUACUCCUCGCCUAUCUCAUCGCUUUGAUAAGUACUGGCGUUAAUAUCUACGGGCCACACCUGCUAGACCGAAUCUCCCGCUUCAUUCUCCUUUGGAAUAUCCUCUCUUUUGUCAUUGUUGUCAUAACGAUCCUCGCCACCAAUGAUCACAAACAGCCUGCCAGCUUUGUCUUCCACGAUUUUCAAAACUUCACUGGUUUUAGUACCGGCUUUGCAGCGAUACUGGGGCUCUUGCAAAGCUCGUUUGGGAUGUGUUGUUACGACGCGCCAGCUCACAUGACGGAGGAGAUGAAGAAUGCUUCCAAGGAGGCGCCUAAAGCAAUUAUCAUGUCUGUCUACAUUGGCGCAAUAACAGGAUUCAUCUUUCUGAUAUCUGUCUGCUUCUGUAUCGGCGACAUCUCCUCAACAGCCUCCUCAACGACUGGCGUACCCCUUAUUCAGAUCUUCUACGACUCCACCGGAUCUGUUGUCGGCGCCUGCUUCCUCUCAUCCUUGAUCGUCGUGAUCGUGUUGGUCUGCGCCAACGCUCUACUGGCUGAAGGCUCAAGAAGCUUAUUCGCUUUUGCGCGUGACCACGGCCUCCCGUUCUCCAGCCUCUUUGCCAAAGUGGAGUCCAAAAGACAGGUGCCCGUUUAUGCGAUCCUGCUCGCUUGUGCGGUACAAAUGGCGCUCAACUCGAUCUACUUUGGUACCUUGACCGGAUUCAAUACUGUGAUCUCGAUUGCAACGGAGGGUUUCUAUCUCUCAUACGCAAUGCCACUGCUUGCCCGCAUCCUCUCAUGGUUCACAGGAGACGUAAAGAUACUGUCGGGUCCUUACAAUCUUGGACGAUGGGGCAUAAUCAUGAAUGUGGUUGGUCUUAGUUUCCUCGUCUUUACAUCGAUAACGUUUAAUUUCCCAACCUUGGCACCCGUGGACUCGGGGAACAUGAACUACACGAGCGCUGCAAUAGGCAUCAUCGGGCUGAUUAGUAUCAUCACCUGGCUUAUAUCUGGGCGAAAGGACUUUACAGGACCACAAAUCGCCGGUGCGGUCCCCGUCCUAGAGGUACGAGCGACGGAAUUGCUUGACAAUCUAGAUGAAAAGCUGGCGGAGAAGAGCGAGACCAAGGACUAA